CUCAUAAGUUAUUUACGCGGAAACGUUCUUGCAGGAGUUGAUCGCAGAUUUUGUACCGACUUGUACCGCAGAAGUUUGGUUUGGAAACAGAUCGUCAUGGUCAACAUAGGCCGGCUGUAUUCCCGCAUCCGCUUCCCGCUACUCUUCACCCUCUCUCUUGGAUCUGGGUAUCUUUUCUACAGGAAUUUCUACACGUCCGUUAUUGAGGAGAGUCGGCAGAAGGAACGCGCGAGGCAACACCAGCAAAAUGUGCGCUUUCUGGAGUUGAGAGCCGAGGCAAGACAGGAGCAAGAAAGACGAAAGGCCGAAGCCAAGUAAUGUGACCAAAUCAGUUAACCAUGAACACAGUUAUGUAGUUUUGUUUCUUGUGGCAGACUUUUGCAUGCAUUUUUUUAUUUUGUGUUACUUGUCAGAUUCAAAGGAAAAAAAAAACUGUAGCCCGAGUGAACAUUAUAAUUAGCUCACAUCCUGGCUUCAAUGCUUAACCUAAUUUGAACAAUCAGUUUUUGAACUAGAAGAAAUGUCAGGCAACAGUAAAAGUGUGGUGAACAUUCAGGCAGUGAACCUAAACCCCAGCGUUGUGCUCCGAAAGCUUUCAGAUGUGGAAGUGCUGAAAAAGACGUCCCCGGCUAAAUUUCUGAAUACAGGAAAAGAGAGGGCAUUAAGCAUCAGCUCUGCUUCUGACAAAGACUUGCAAGUACGCAAAGAAGUACAUUCAAAGAGUGAUACUAGUAAGGAAAAACUGAAGAGCACUGAGGAAAAUUCUAGUAAAGCAACAACACCCAGUACAGCAACACAUGUUCCGCAAAAGAAAGUAGCAAAACCAGUCAAUGAGGCAAAAGCACAGCUCAAACCAACAGAGAGUAGAGUAACCAAAUUGAAGGAAUUAAAACAAGUGAUUGGUCAAGAAACUGCCGCAACCUCUCGUAGUACCGUAACUGAAGACCUUCUGACGCAAAUCAGCUUGUCAGCUCCAGUCAGCGAUGGGAAAAAAGUCGUCCAACCAUCAACCUCAUCUAAAGGAGUAGUAGAUCUAGAAGCGAGUUCAAAGAUGGCGUCCAUGAUGACAGAAAGUCGCAAUCUGAGCGUGGUGGUACCGAAGUUACCAGUCCACAUCAGUCCGCAAAAGUCUUACAAUAUCAACGACCCCAGCAUCACCCCAAGCAAAGUCAAACCCCGGACCCCCACAGCGAAGGAAGCACUCGCUCGCAAGAUGGUGAAGAAGGCAAAGAGUCGGGCAAACGGGAGGGGGGCAGCGGCGCUGAGUUUCAAGAGGCUCAUUGGAGACGAGGGAAAUCUGGACAAUAGCAGCGACUUUGUGGAAACGGGUAAAACUUUCCAGCCCGCUGUAAGAAAGCUACGGAGUCGCACAGUGAAGAGAACUGCCAAAGAGAAAGUGGGAAAACCCACGAGUCCAGAUGCAGCAGUCGCUAAAGAAAGGGGAACUGGUAAAACAAGCAGCAUGGCAGCUGAGGUGGAAGGCAAGGAGGGAAGAACCUGCCUGACGUGCAAACAGACCAUCUUUGGUUCACAAGAAUCCGUCAAGGAACACAUGAAGACCUGCCUGAGGCAGCGAUUCAUCUCAGACAAGCAUCCUUCAAGGCAGACCCGUCUUAGACACAUGCCUGAACCAGCAGAAGAAGACUCAAUGGAAUUAGAGGUGUCUGAUGAUGAGAGCUUUGCUCGCCACUUACAGCAGAGGGAGCAGGACAAGCUGAUGGAAGAGCAGCUUACAGAUGCAGAGUUCUACUUCUGCCAGAUUUGUGGACGGGAUUUAACCCACCUGAACGCGGUACGGAGAACGCAGCACAUCAACCGCUGUAUCGACGCCAUGGAAACGGAGAAGAAGCUGCACGCCGAGGAGAACGUAAAAGACGUUCCAGACUGUCCCAUCUGUGGCAAAGUGCUGGAAAGCAGGGCACAGAGACAGUCGCACCUGAAGCGGUGUGCUGUACAGUAUGGAGUCACCACAGUUCAGCUGCUGGACCUGGUCAAGAAACAAGAGGAAGAUGAGAUGAUUCGAAGAAAGUACCAAGCCAGGCCUCGGCUACAGCCUACACAACAAAGGGGUGUAAAGAGACACCAUGAGGGACCAGCAGGUACUGCAGGAAAGAGGCCUCGGAAACCAGCCAGGCAUGUCAUUUCUAGCAGAGGUCCACCUGGCCAAGGUGCUCCUUACAGGGACAUGGAUGAGCGGACCCAAGUUGCCAUGGCGAUGUCCAUGUCACUAGCGGAGAGUGACGACAGCAGGGAGCAGCCAACAGUCACGUCUGCACUCCCCAUGGGUGGGAAAGAAGGCAAGAGGAGGAAGAAGGGGGCAAAGACUGAUGAAGUACCAGCCCUGUUGUUGACUAGUAAAGAAGACAGGGACAGAACACUUGCAAAGAAGGUGGCUUCUAUCAUUGUACAGGGUGAACAGGAACCUGUCCCAAAGACACCAUCCAUGAGAAAAAGUAAACUGGGUAGGAAGUACCACACAGCUAGGAAGACCAUGGGGAAAGGUCCCAACACUCCUGGGUUUCUGCAGAAAGCUGCCACCAGCAGCCCCCCUGCAGCCUCUUCCAGUACUGCAACAUCUCCUGCCUCCAGUCAGGAGAAGGCCCCCCUGUGGUCCAUGACAAAGAGAAUUGACCAGAAGAAAACUGAUGACUUCUACGUCCAGGAAUUGUCCAAACAGAUCACUCCGGUCAAAUAUGUACCCGUCACACCAAUGAGGAAGGCAGCCCAGAAAGCAAUGUUGACCUUUAGGAAGAAAAGCGACACAAGUGAGGGUGAAGAGAGCCCCGCAUCAAAAGCUGCUACAGGAAGCCAAAAGGCCAAGAAAACUUCCACUCCUAAGAGGAGUCCUGUGAAGUCCACACCAACCCCCACCCUGACACAAGGAGAUACGGCCAGAGUAUUAAUGGAGCUGGCUGAAGAGGGAUGCUCCACACAAGAGGUACAGGAUGUCUUUACUGAAGGACAGCCACUGUCGCCUCAGCCUAGUGGCUUCCUACCAGACAGGACUCAGCUCUCCCCCCAGCAGAUGCCCAGCGCUGUCCUGAACACAGCGCUGACCAAGCUGUCUGCAGACUUCCAGCUGAUGGUGAACAGCCCCAAACUCAGCGACUUGAACCUGCUGUGCAAGAACGGGGAAGUGCUGCAUGUGCACAAAUUUGUCCUGGUCGCACGAUGCCCUGUCUUGGCAAAGAUGCUAGAGAGUUCCGAAAAGGGUAAUAAAGAUUUGGCAGCACUGGACUUCUCUGAUCACCACAAGGAUGCAGUACUAACUACUCUACAGUACAUGUAUGGGGGAAAAGUCUCUAUAAAUGAUACAGUUUUGGCUACAAAUGUGAUGAGGGUGGCUCAAAAGUUGGAGCUGAAGGAACUUGAGGACACCUGCCGGGCCUUUCUAAAACCCACGUUUUCACCUGCUGACUCAUCUCCAGAAUUCCAAGAGAAGGAGCUACCUGAACUGUUGGACACCAUGCUAGGCUCACCCAGCAGGAGUCCUAACCCAUCCCAAGGCAGCCAAAGCUUGGACAGUCAAGGAUUUAAUGACUCCGAGUUAGAGGACAUGGCCUUGAGUCAGAAGCAAAGGUUUCAGACGGCAAAGACGCUGCCGUCAAAAAACGUUAAUAAGGAGUCUGCAGUGACAAAGAAACCUACCCAGAUGGUGCCACCUGCAGGAAGAGGCCUUGGACAGGCUCCUGAGAGACAAGAAAGUGGCCUCCUAGUUUCACCCAUGACUAUCGGAAAGAUGGUAGAAGCUACAAUCGAGAAGAACCUAAAGCAGCAUACCAGAAUUGAUCCUCAUGCAAACCUGGCGCCAAAUGCAGCUCAACAGCCACUGAUUGCAAGCCCAGGGCAGACGACUGGUGUUGGCAUUCGGAUUCCCGUGGAGCACAGCUACUCAACCAGUCCUAACAAGGUCACACACCGGGGACGCCGAGGGCCAAAGACAACCGUUACACCGAUGGUAGAAGGGUUUCCAUCAUCCGUAAGUCCAGUGAAGCAGCCAGCAUUGUUAGCACCUUCAAAGUCAGGCAUAGCAACACCUUCAUCACAUGAUGCAGCAAGGAAUGUGACUGCUUCAACACAUGCUGUGAGAUCAACAGCAACUCUGUCGCCUUCACAACUUGGUGGGGCAUCGACUGUUACCCAAGCUGGCCCCGCUCAAACUACCAUGACUCCCGGUCCACUGCCUAGGCCGGGAGUCAGGGAGCAGUCUCUCAUCAUCCAGUCCCGAGAGCUGUCCAGCAAGGUGGGCUGCCCGGAGUGUGAGAAGUCGGAGGUGCGAGUGUCUGCAGACGAGGCACAGAUGUUGAUCCAGGGUGGCCCGGCUGCACACGCCAUGCGACAGUUGAUCCUGGCGAGACAGGGGCCCUGUCCACACGGGAAGUUCCCGUCGUGGUGUCCCCCACUUCCCCCAACAUGGACUCCCCCACAGGGACAAGAAGCUGUCCAGGGACGACCCACAGGUCACCUGUUGGCUGGUCUUCGGUCCCGAACACCCCCCAGUAGUCCCGUGCGGCAGACCGCAUCAGCGACGGCAGUUACAACAAGCGCUACUAGACACUCAUCCACAAAUCCAGCUCAAGCUGGAGGUCCACAUGGUCCAAGACUGCAGAACUUUGAUCCCAGUAGUCCACCUUUUGGACUAGGUUUGGGCGGUUUAGCAGUGCCUUCUAUGCAAAGCAGACCGGGAGGGAUGCAACCUGAUGUAAGACCACCUGGGAGUAGAAUGCCCAUACCACCACCCCUGCCAGGGUUUGGGCCGCUAGCAGUAGGUGGUAGACUGCCCCCAGCGUCAACUCUGCUCUCCAGGACCAACAUUCUUGCUCAGAUGAGACAGCCUUCCCAAUCCUCCCAGGAAAGAUAUGGACCACAGGGCAUUGUGCAGCAGCAGUAUCAUCCACCAAGGACAUUUCCAAGUCAGAGAGAUGCCUCCAUGUCUCAGAGUCCACAGAGCAGUGGAAAAGAACCAGAUUCCUCGGCAUUAUCCCAGUUGAGAAGCCCCUCGAGACUGCUCUUACAUGCAGCACAGACCAUGAUACCUGGUAACCAGUAUCUCAGCGGGCAGUUUCUGUCUCCACCUGCCAUGCAGAGGCCGUCGCUACCUGACGGCACACCGCGGCUCUCUGUUGUCGCAGAGACAAGCCCACCUACGUCAACUGGGGUGGCCAUUGUCCGAAUCCCUGCUCCAUUGGAAAAAGGCCAAGACAGAAGUGAGCGACAUAGUUGGUCAAGUUUGGUAAGGAGGGAGGGAGGUACGAAUGAGUCGAGCAUUCUCAAGGUCUUGUUGCAAAAAGGGGUGGCCGCGGCCAUUCCACAGCUGUACAAGGAUCAGGAAGUCCCGCCCCAGAUUCAGAAGCAGGUUUUGAGAGAAACACGGUUGAAAGGAAAGAAGAAAAUAAUCAAGCAGUAUGAUGCGCAGACAUGUGGUGAAAUGGUGGUGGGUAGUAGUGGUGAAGUGCAUGAGCGGAUGUUAGUGAUUAGUAGAAAAGGUGAACAUGUGGUGGAUAGAAGGAGUGGUGCAGGUCUGCAUGAUAGUCAUUCUGGUGCACAGAAAGAGGUGGUGGUUGGUGAGGAACAACAAAGAGAAGUGCAUGACAGAAGCAAUGAUAAACAGGAUGACCUGGCAGGGGAAGAGAGUGGUACUGAAUCUCUGUCAUGUCCAACUGCCGAUGAGUUAAGAGACAGCAUGCUAUGUAAAAUAUUACACCCUGAAAAGUCCAGUCCGGUACCGAAAAGAAAGGGGAAAGCAGCGCAUGAUGGAGGUGAAGUGAAGAAGGUGCAAGGUAAAGAUUUGCAUGCUGAGAAACUAACACGUGCGAGAGUACUAACAAAAGAAUGCAGUCCAAUGGUUGGUGAGGCAAGGUGUCAUCAGAAGGAAGGUAAUAAUAGUGUGGCUGCUGUGUGUGUCGGUGAAUCGAGUGUGAAAAAUGUUGCGAGGCAACGUUUUGCUUCAAAAGUAGAAGAGGACACAGACUGUGAUGAACUUCGUUCCACUUUUACAGGUCCGUAUAGAAAGCAAAGAAGAGGAAAAGCUGCAGCAGCUGCUACAACAUUCCCUUCUAGCAGCUCACCACUGAGUAGUGAGGCAUCUCCAAGGGGAACAGUAGAAAUAGUGGCAAACUCUAGAAGAGAACGGUCAGCAGCAGGAAGACAAGAACCUGAUAUAGGCAAAGUUCCUAGUGUUUUUGACAACAACCAAAGAGUACCAGCAGAAAACCGAGUUAGCAACACCAGAGACCAGGGAAACUACAGAGUAACCAGGAGAGCAUCACAAAGAAAGAAGCAGGCCACUCCUAGUGAUGCUAUGAUGCAAUCAUCUGUACAGACUAGAACCAGGGGUGGCAGGCAAAAAGAUGUAGAGGCGUCACAUUCACCUACGAAACGUCUUCGCAUGCAGCGGGCACCCGAAGGGAAGAGGCAUGCUUGUACUCAGUCACCAAAGAAGUUUUGGACUGACUACCUGAAGGCUCAGUUGGCUAGUGGUCAGGCCCCACCAGGGCCAGUAGGAGAGUCGAUGAUGCAGACACCAGGCUUGAGUGCAGUAAAACCUGUAAGAAGAGGCAUCUCCUCACCAGAACUGGCUCUGACGUCUCCAGGAGUGGUCGGGUCAGCGGCCCACCAACCCAAGUUCUCAACCCCUGUUGGGAGCCACACGCAAACAGGGGGCUCACCUCGACUCAGCCUCGACCAGGAGCUGAAGGAAGCAGAGACAGAAACUGCAUCCCAUGGAACUGGUCCAGAACCAGGUGGUCCAAUAGUGGAAAAUAACAAGGAGAUGUCAUUGGACUCUACAGACUCUCAGCAAGCUAAUGGUGCCAGUAAGAGAGACCAGCAGAAAGAGGCAUCAGUUACAGAUAGCCCUGAUGCACCAAGCAAGCUGCAGGAAGCCUGUUCAAACCCUAAUGACUCCUUCACUAGUACAGAUUCUGAGGGAAGCAAUGCUACUAGGCCAGGCCGGCUGUUUGAGACAAAAGGACAGGAAGGUCCGGCUGUGAUUGUACAGACUCAGUCCGAACUCCUUUCUCCCACCAUAGAUUUUCACGAGGAGACCAUUGUUCCAAGGUCAGUAUCACCCACACCACCUCAGUCACCACUAACUACUGUUAGAUCCCGAGUCUCCUCUCCAACCUCCCCUACAGUUGGCCCAACCCCUGAGCAGGGCCAGGGUAGUGUAUCAACAGGAGGAACUGAUCUAAAAGCAAAAGACACUCCUUCAGCAGCUGUCGAAGUCAUCGAGGUUUCUGAUGAUGAUGACGUACAGGAAGGUGAAGAUCUUCAAGAUGAUGCUAAGAGGAAAAGAUCCACACCAGACUCCGUAUCAGAAGCAAAAAGACCAAAGACUGAUGGUCAUGACUCAUCAACAGUCGGUGACGAUGCAGAAGAUGAUGUUGAAUGUGUUGCAGACAACUCGGUUGGUGCUGGUGGCUUGGAGGACGUGGAGAGGAUUGACCUCACCCAGGAACGUGGUGAUGAGACUGCUUCUGAGUCCCAGCAGGGUGGUUGUGGGACAGAACACGGAUGUGGGACUCCUGAACCUGACCAGUCACCCUCUCCCAACGGUCAGAGUGAUCCAGUGGAGGAACAACAGUCCCAGAACAACUCCCAGCCCUCUGUGGUGAAUGACAGUUUCAUGGAUUUCUUUGAUGACGGGGGCUACAUGGAAGUUCCCUUUGGUGGGGAGGUGGAGUGUGCUGCUGAAUCAUCUGAUGACAGAAUCAACCCGGACGGUGGCACCAGGAAAGCUGGAUUUAAAGAUGGCCAAAAUGUUGAUGACUCGAGUCUUAGGUUAGAUGCCUCCUCAACAAGUGACAAACACACCACACCACCAGUGCCUUCAUGCCCAAGAAAUGCUUCUGAUGUCAUUGAAGAAUUCCCAGACACUCAGCAAGAACCUAUCCAUGUUGAAGAAGAUGCUCAUAUUGAGCAGGAUGUUGCAGAAGUUGUUGAGGAGUCAACGAAUUCAGCAGGAGAGGAUGUGGUGAAUGAUAGCAUGUAUGACUUGGAGGCCUAUCAGGAAGACUAUUAUUGGGAUGCAUGCAAUGAGCCCCAGCAGGAGGAACCAACAGCUGUGCAGGGUGAUGUUGGAAGUGUGCUUGGGAACAGUGAUACUGGAACAGGUCCUGUCAAGUCCACACCACUGAACACACAUCGCAAGAGCAAGGCCCCCUUGGUUCCCAUUACUCCCAUGCCUGAUUAUCCCAGCAUGGAAACACCAGAACUUAAGAAACAAGUCAAGAAAUUUGGAGUAAGGGCUCUAAAGAAGCCUCAAAUGGUGGCAAAACUGACGGAAAUCUACCACUAUACACAUCAAGAACUCCCAUUGGUUGAUUCUGGAGGCUCCCCGUUUGUUUUCUGUUUGGCUUCGGCCGUCUCCCGUUUCUUUCUCUCCCUGUAG